AUGAUAUUGUAUCGUUAUUUCAGUGACCAUGCUACAAAGGAAACGUUAAAAAAUCUCGAAGAUGGAAAAGUAAAAGGAAUAGAUCUGAAUGAUUUUAACCCCGCAGCAAGACAAGUGCCUCUGCUCUUAGUUUCAAAUAGCGAGGAACAGUUGGUCGAAUUUGCAAUUCAACACUGCAGAGUAACUCAUGAAAAUUCAGAAACAGAUGCAGCUACGGAAUUUGUGUCGAGAGUGUUAUGGCGUAUCGUCCAUCAGCAUAAAACACCCUCCACUGCAGUAGAAGAAGUUAUAGAAACUUUGAAGAAUAAGUACAGCGAAGUUAUUGAAUUUGCAACGCAGGGAUUCAAAGCUGCCCAAUUACCCGAUGAAGAUGCUAAUAACUCCUUCCUCGGUACCAGAACGAGCAAUGAAUUCACACUUCCUGUCGCCAUAUAUUGCUAUAUUCCAGGAGCACUUCCAAUAGCUACUCGACUUAUCGUAAAAUAUGGACAUGAAAGCUUUGAGCAGGCGUUGGCCCUCAACGCCGGUUUUGGCGGAGAUAACGCUGCAAGAUCUCUCUUUGUUGGUAGUGCUCUUGGUGGCCGAGAGAAUUUUGAAAUUCCCUCUGAAUGGGUAAAUGGCAUUCGUCAAAUUGAUCAUAUUAAGCAGUUGAUAAAUUCUUUUAAGAACUAA